UAUCAGGGAGUUGAUACAACUUCUGUCACUUUGUCUUGGGUUAUGUAUGUCUUGGGUAAACAUCCACAUGUACAAGAUAGAAUAGUGGAAGAAUUAAACGAAAAAAUUCCGAAUUUCGGUGAUGGGAAGUUAACAGUAAAUAUUUUAAGCAGUCUUGACUAUUUGGGAAGAACAAUCAAAGAAGUGCUACGCCUAUACCCAUCCGUCCCAUUUAUUGGUAGACAAAUUUACAAACCACUCACAAUUGGUGAUCACACUAUUUUGCCGGGCACGUCAAUCUUCAUAAACGUGUUUGCUUUACACAGAAAUGAAAAACAUUUUGAGAACCCGGAAAAGUUUGAUCCCGAUAGAUUUUUAGAGGAAAACAAAAAAGAUCGCCAUCGCUUUGCCUUCGUACCAUUUAGUGCAGGAUCGAGGAACUGUAUUGGUAAAUAG